GAGAGGUGUUGGAACUUGGUACUCCAUUAUGACUUGGAAGUUGAAAAUAUAUAUAAUAAAAGAACAUAUUAUUACGAUAUAUGGGAACUAGGGAACGAAAGAAAAAUGUUGACAGCUUAUUAGUGUCCUCAAAAAGAGAAGUGUAGACAUAAUGAAAUUAAAACUAUAGCUAUGCUCCGAUAGAGGAAGCACAAUGAAUGUACUAUAAUAAAUAGCUUUGACUUACAUUUCAUGAGUAUACCCAUUCAUAAUUGUGUUCUUCAGUCUUUUCAGAUAAAGCCCACAAGUAUGGUCCUUGACUCCUGGGCCUUUCUUGACCUUUUUUAUGACUGGUUCGAGUCACUUUUCUUUAAUGAAGAGCAUAUGUUAACUUUUACUGUCACAAUCCAUGCACAGGCAUCUUCUUCUUCCCUGGUUUGGUUGCUUGUUGGAAAUUGUUAAAACGCUCUUUAAUUCAUUGUCGUUUACAGAACAUGUCGUUUGUCUAGUUCUGACCCUCUCACCACACCACACCACGAUACAAUCAAUAUCUUUUUCAACACUUCAUACUAAUGAGUGCUGCCUUUGUGGCUUUAGUACCCAGAACCAGGCACUACCUCACCAAACAACUAAAAAACAUCAUUGCUUCUCGAUCACUCACAAGAACUAAACUACUCCAUGCCCAGACCAUCACCCUGGGCUUGUUAUCCUCCUCCCUAAGAUCAAAUUUUGCUAAGUCUUAUGCUCUGUGUGGUCAUGUCUUGUAUACCCGCAAACUGUUCGAUGAAUUGUCUGACCGAAGCUCUUUAUUGUUUAAUACUGUCAUAAGAAUGUAUGCGCAAAAGGGUAUGUACUGUGAUGCCCUUAAAGUGUUUUCUGAAAUGAUCACUGCUGGAGAGUGUGUUCCGGAUAACUUUACGUACCCUUUUGUUGCUAAAGCAUGUGGCGAGUUGUCGUUGCUCGACGUUGGCGUUGUUGUUCAUGGACGGGCAUUGGUUGCUGGCUUUGAGUCGGACUCUUAUGUUCAAAACUCUCUUAUAGCAAUGUAUAUGAAUUGUGGGGACGUAGAAACAGCUCGAGGAAUUUUCAAGGCGAUGAAGGAGCGAACGGUGGUGUCUUGGAAUACCAUGAUUAAUGGCUACUUUCGUAAUGGGUGUGCUGAGGAGGCUUUGGUCAUCUUUGAAUGGAUGUUGAAUGAGGGGGUGGAGCCUGAUUGUGCCACUGUUGUUUCAGUGUUGCCAGCUUGUAGUUGCACAAAGAAUUUGGUGUUGGGAAGAGAGGUUCAUGCCUUUGUGGAAGAGAAGGGAUUGGAGAAGAAGAAUAUAACAACAUCCAAUGCUUUAGUGGAUAUGUAUGCAAAGUGUGGUGAAAUGGGUGAAGCAAGAUUAGUUUUUGAUAAGAUUAGUAAGAGGGAUGUUGUGACAUGGACAACUAUGAUCAAUGGCUACAUUUUAAAUGGUGAUGCAAGAAGUGGGCUGGAGCUUUUUGUACUGAUGCACAAUGAAGGGGUAAAACCCAAUGCUGUGACUAUAGCUUCUCUUCUUUCAGCUUGUACUAGUCUGUCUCUUUCAUGGCAUGGCCGGUCCUUGCACGGUUGGGCAUUGAGGCAAAAACUUGAGCGUGAUGUAAUUGUGGAGACUGCCUUGAUUGACAUGUAUGCAAAAUGUAAAUAUGUAAAUCACAGUCUUCGUGUUUUCGCACAGACUUCAAGAAAGAAAAUGGUUCCCUGGAGUGCCAUUAUCUCUGGAUUUAGUUAUAAUGGUCUUGCCAGAGAAGCAAUAGAGCUUUUCAAGCAGAUGAGAAUGGAAGCUGUACAAACACAUGAGGCAACACUAAAUGGUCUUCUUCCUGCAUACUCGAUUCUUGCAGAUUUUCGUCAAGCAAUGGACAUACAUUCUUACCUUAUACGAUCUGGUUUUCUUUCAAGCAUUGAAGUUGCCACUAGUUUGGUUGAUGUUUACUCAAAAGCUGGAAGCUUAGAAUCUGCACACAAGAUGUUUAGUGAAAUUCCCGCCAAGGAGAAGGACAUAAUCGCAUGGAGCGCGAUAAUUGCAGGCUGUGGAAUGCAUGGCCAAGGCGAAGCUGCUGUCUCACUUUUUAAUCAGAUGGUUCAAUCUGGUGUGAAACCAAAUGAAGUCACUUUCACUUCUGUUUUGCAUGCUUGCAGCCAUGCUGGGUUGGUCGAUGAAGGGCUGCACUUGUUCAAAUCUAUGUUCGAAACUAAGUUAGUGAAACCACAAACCGAUCACUACAUGUGUAUUGUGGAUCUUCUUGGUCGUUCGGGUCGAUUAGAAGAGGCUUAUGAUCUAAUCAAAAGUAUGACAUUUAUGCCUAACCAUGCUAUAUGGGGUGCAUUGCUUGGUGCUUGUGUAAUACAUGAGAAUGUUGAAAUUGGAGAGAUAGCUGCAAAGUGGUUGUUUGAGCUUGAACCAGAAAAUACAGGAAACUAUGUACUAAUGGCAAAGAUUUAUUCUGCACUAGGUAGGUGGAAGGAGGCAGAAAAUUUGAGACAAAUAAUGAGUGAGAUUGGAUUAAGAAAAUCACCAGCUCACAGUUUGAUUGAAGUUAGAAAUAUUUGAGUUGAUUUUUGGUAACUUCUUAAUAGAAUGUUUCAUGUGUAUUCCUUGUAUUUUCAUUAGGAAUGCAUAUCUUAUUUGUUUCUUGAGUUUCACAUUUGUCUACAAAAAACAAAUUCUCCCUUGUAAUGUCAUUGUUGUAUUUGAAAAACAAUAGUAAUACAGAGAAAAAGAAUACAAUAUCAGAAUUGCAUAUUACAGCUUAAAGGUUUACAUUUGUACCCUUUUUUUCCCAGCUGCACUUUACCUGAAAAGUUCUUUUCAAUUUUGACACCA